AGGUACACGGAUGUCAGAAAGAAUAUCGUAUGAUGUGACGUCAUUACGUUUUAACAAUGUUUUUGCAAAGAUGGCGGUGGUUGAGUGAAUGGGACGAAACAGCCCUUUUAGUUUGAAAAAUAGAUUUAUUCUAAGGUAUUUCAGUUUAUUUUCCGACAAUCUGAUUUAAAUAGUUUAUUUUCUGAAAUUCCUUAAUAAAUAGAUUCUUAUUAAACGAAGAACUAGAAUGGUAAUAUGACACAGAGCAAAAAGAAGAAACGGGCGAAUCGCAGUCUCCUGCUGGCGAAAAAAAUUAUUAUCAAGGAUGGAGGAACGGCACAAGGUUUUGGAGCUCCCAGCGUGUACCAUGCUGUAAUUGUCAUCUUUUUGGAAUUUUUUGCCUGGGGCCUGCUUACAGCACCCACUUUGGUGGUCCUACAUGAGACGUUCCCGAAGCAUACGUUUCUGAUGAAUGGCUUGAUCCAGGGGGUAAAGGGUCUGCUGUCUUUCCUGAGUGCUCCGCUGAUUGGUGCCCUGUCUGAUGUGUGGGGUCGGAAGUCUUUUCUCCUGCUCACCGUUUUCUUCACCUGCGCUCCCAUUCCACUGAUGAAGAUAAGCCCGUGGUGGUACUUUGCAGUUAUCUCGGUGUCCGGUGUGUUCGCUGUUACAUUCUCUGUGGUCUUUGCCUAUGUGGCUGACAUCACGCAGGAGCAUGAGCGCAGCAUGGCCUAUGGACUGGUGUCGGCCACCUUUGCUGCUAGCCUGGUGACGAGCCCGGCCAUUGGCGCCUACUUGGGCCGUGUGUACGGGGACGGCCUGGUGGUGGUGCUGGCCUCGGCCAUCGCUAUGCUGGACAUCUGCUUUAUCCUGGUGGCCGUGCCUGAGUCUCUGCCUGAGAAGAUGAGGCCAGCGUCCUGGGGGGCUCCCAUCUCCUGGGAACAAGCCGACCCCUUUGCUUCUCUAAGGAAAGUGGGCCAGGAUUCCACUGUGCUGCUCAUCUGUAUAACAGUGUUCCUGUCCUAUCUCCCUGAGGCUGGCCAGUACUCCAGCUUCUUCCUCUACUUACGACAGAUUAUGGGAUUUUCACCUGAAAAUGUUGCAGCUUUCAUAGCUGUUCUAGGACUGCUUUCAAUCAUUGCACAGACUGUAAUAUUGAGUUUACUCAUGCGUUCCAUCGGGAAUAAGAACACCAUCUUGCUCGGCCUUGGGUUCCAGAUACUGCAGCUCGCCUGGUAUGGGUUUGGCUCCGAGCCAUGGAUGAUGUGGGCAGCAGGGGCUGUAGCAGCCAUGUCAAGCAUCACUUUCCCAGCAAUCAGUGCGUUGGUUUCUCGCACCGCUGAGCCAGACCAACAAGGGGUGGGCCAGGGGAUGGUGACAGGGAUCCGGGGUCUGUGUAACGGCCUGGGGCCGGCGCUCUACGGCUUCAUCUUCUACAUCUUCCACGUGGAGCUAGAUGCUCCCCCAGACGGCAGCCAGGACACACCGGUCCACACUCAACCCCACCUUCAGCACCUCCCACAGACGUCCAUCAUUCCUGGCCCACCCUUUCUCUUCGGAGCAUGCUCAGUGCUGCUAGCACUCUUGGUGGCCCUUUUCAUACCAGAGCACCCCCACCUGGGCCCCCGGCCUGGCAGCUGGAAGAAGCACAGCUCGCCCCACGGGCACCCCCACAGCCCACAGCCACCCGGGGAGGCCAAAGAGCCCCUACUGCAGGACACAAAUGUGUAACACAGACCUGGCUACUCGGGCCUGACUCCCCCCUCUUCAAAACCACACAAAGCAAGAGAGCUCAUGUGUAGGUGUAGUAAACAAUCAAAAAGCUAUAUUAAGAGUUACCACUAUAUAUGUAUACAUAGGAGUAUGGUUUUUUAUUAGAAAGUUCUAUCCAAAGGCACUAUUUGCAAUGGCUUAUAUUUAUUCAUUUUUUUGUUUUUCCUCAAACUUUUACUUUUUGUUUUUCUUCAACCGUUGUUUUGAUGAUAUUGGACAGGGCAAUGCUCAACUCAGGGACAUACCUGUUGGGCUGUUUCUGAACACAGUGUGUUCCACAAUCAGAAGAGGGAGUCUCUGCACAAAAAACAACAACCUAGAAAGAAAAAGCAGCAUCAAAAAGACUGGUUAGUCCUCUAGAGUUGGGCCUUCAGCUUUACGGAACUGUGUGUGAGAAAAAUGACAAUGCGGGGCUGAAUCGGAAAUCCAGUUGAAAUUUCCCCCAGAUCUUUGCAUAAAACAGCCUUAAUCCACAAACUAACCACGGAAUGUGAAGACGCGAUGGACUUGGAAUGGUACAGCUGAAUUUUUAAAGCACCUUUGUUUUGUCGCUUAUAUCAAACUGCUGCCUAUAUGAAUUCCUACUACCACUUCUUCAGACUGACUGGUGCCUCAAUUGGGGUGGGAUACUUUUUGGCGGGACCACAAGGAGAUAUCGUAUCAACCCCUGCUUACUCUUUGACAUCACAGAAUGUGACAGAUUGGCUUGAUAUUUUGUCUUUUAUUUUCAUUUUGUUCAUGUACACGGCCAAGUUCCUGACAUGUAUGGAUCGUACAGUUACAGAAAAUGAUCAUACAAGAAGGGUUUGCCUUUAAAAAAUAUCUAAUUUACACGAAGGACACCCUAUGUCAGACAACACGUUGCAUAGUUACGGAAUCCAUAGAUCCAUCUCGUGGCCUUCUAAAAACCUUUUCACUUGUACAAACAAAAUAUGUUCUCGUUUUAACUUGCUUAUUGACCAAAUACCAAAAGUACAUAUUGAAUCAUGAAAGUGUGCUCUAGCUAUUUAUGAGUUGGUGUUCUGUAAAACAGCAAUUUCUUGAAAUACUGUAUGCAGUUUUUUUCUUUUCCAUGUAUUGUCAUUGUUUUGCUGCCUUUUAUUUUCAAUAUUACAUUUGUUGACUGACCUUGUAAAUAUACAGUAAGUAUACAACCAUGCAUUUCAAUAAAGUGGAAUAUUUUGAUGGA